AUGAAGGUGUCCAUCGUGACAACCAUCUUGGCAACCAGCGGCCUCACCACGGCCACGGCCACGCACCACUCAAAGAGAACCAUCGGCGGCACCAACGCCACCAUGGACCAAUUCCCAUACCAAGUGUCGGUCCAGCGCCGGGUCCAGACCUUCGACUGCCACUUCGGCGUCCACACGUGCGGCGGCAUCAUCAUCGCCCGGAACAAGAUCCUCACCGCCGCGCACUGCACCCUGAGCGACGACGACGACGAGGAAUUUGCCGGCUCCGGCUCCGGCUCCGGCUCCCAGUUCCAGGUCCGCGCCGGCAGCCGCGACUGGGCCCACGGCGGCCAGCUCGUCAGCGUGAACAACAUCACGGUCCACCCGAGCUACAAGCCCGGCGGGAACCAAGUCGACGACAUCGCCGUGCUCACUCUCAAAAGCAACCUCACCCUCGGGGUCAAGGUCGCCAUCGCGGACCUGGCCGGUGCCGAGGACCCCAUGCCCGCGGCGGGUACCGAGGUCGUCGUCGCCGGCUGGGGGCAAACGCGCGGCGGCAAGGGGCCGCCGUCCCGCUGGCUGCGGUCCCUGAGGACAAAGGUCGCGCUCAGGUGGAUAUGCCAGUUUCGGUAUUUGCGGCAUGGGGGCAUCGGGAGCAGGACCUUUUGCGCCGGGAAUUGGAACGAGUUCGAGCAUACGUGGGCCGGUGAUAGCGGCGGCGCUUUGUUUGAUGUUCAGACGAAGAAGGUCGUUGGUAUUGUGUCGUAUGGUCCUGAGUCCCCGAAGAGCGGGUAUCCUACUGUCUUUACCAGCAUUGCUGGCUAUCGAGAGUUUCUCCCUCAGGUUGCUAAUGUGUAG